AUGACCCGCUGGUCUCGCACUCUGUACCUCGCCCUCUUCUUCCUCCAGGCAUUCCUCAUCAUGCGAGUUUUCCUCUACCUCUCCGCUGCCGUGACGGCUCUACCGCCGGUUCUCGCUGUAUCCUCAACGGUACAUCUUAACUACACUUCUUACCGCGGGACAGCAUUGAAGAACGGCGUUACCCAAUGGCUUGGUGUCAGGUACGCGGCACCUCCAUUAGGCGACUUGAGGUUUCGGGAGCCGCAGCCGCCACUGGCUGAGGACGGUGUGGUUGACGCGGAUGCGUACAAGCCGAUUUGUCUUGGUACCGCCGCUGGACCGCCGACGAACGAGAGUGCUGAGGAUUGUUUGUACAUGAACAUCUUUGCGCCGAGCAGUGCGAAGAAGGGUUCGAAGCUGCCGGUGUACUUCUUCAUCCAGGGAGGAGGCUUCAAUACCAACAGUAAUGCGAAUUACAAUGGUUCUGGACUGGUGAUGGCGAGUGAUAUGAACAUUGUUGUUGUGAACUUCAAUUACAGAGUCGGCCCUUACGGCUUCCUGGCCGGCGAAGAAGUCCUUGCAGACGGCGGCAUCAACAACGGCCUGAAAGACCAGCGACUCGCACUCCAAUGGGUCCAGCAGUACAUCUCCCUAUUCGGCGGCGAUCCCGGCCACGUCACCAUGGGCGGCGACAGUGCUGGAGCUCAGUCUGUCAAUCUCCAAGUCACAGCCUACGGAGGGCGAGACGACGGGCUCUUCCACGCGACAGCCGCAGAAUCUCAAUCCUUCUCAGGUCUCCGCACAGUCAAAGAGAACCAAUUCGCCUACGACAAUCUGGUCAUCCGCACGGGCUGCACGCGCGCUGUAGACACCCUCUCCUGCCUGCGAAACCUAACCGCCACCGAGCUGCAAGAACAAAACUUCAACACGCCCUUCCCCGGAGCCCAAGACCCACCACUAUACAUGUACGGUCCCACACUCGAUUACAACUUCAUCACAGACUACACCUACCGCGCCUACGCCCAAGGCAAAUUCGUCAAAGUCCCGGCCAUCGGCGGCGACGACACAAACGAAGGCACCAUCUUCGUCCCCAUGACCACCGCCAACCUCAGCGACACCGACACCUUCCUGCAGUCCCAAUGGCCCUCCUUCACGCUCUCCCAGCUGCGCACCUGGAACUCCCUCUACCCCAUCGCCGGCACGCCCUCCUUCCCGGACUCCGGACGCGCGUGGCGUGAAGCGAGCAAGGGGUACGGCGAAACGCGGUAUAUCUGCCCGGGAAUCUUUAUCUCCGGCGCGCAGGCGAAUUGCAGCGUGCCGAAUUGGAAUUACCGUUGGAAUGUCAUUGAUCCGCCUGCGGCGAAGGAGGGGUAUGGCGUCUCCCACACCAUCGAGGUGAACGCCAUCUGGGGCCCGGAGAACACCAACGGCGGAGCUCCCGACUCCUAUAUGCGCGGCGGUGUGAACUACCCCAUCGUGUCCGUGGUGCAGGGAUACUGGACCAGCUUUAUCAGAAGCUACAACCCGAACACGCAUCGCGUGAAGGGAAGUCCGGAGUGGCAGCGCUGGACGAAAGGGGAGGGGUAUUGGAACCGGUUGGAGUUUCGGACGAAUGCGACGGGGAUGGAGAAGGUGCCCCGGGACCAGAGGGAGAGGUGCGCGUAUUUGAGGAGUAUUGGGGUGGAGUUGAAGCAGUGA